AUGAAUUUCAAACAAAAUAAAUAUUAUAUUUUUUUAGUAUCCUUAUUUGUUUUGGCUAAAUAUGAUAAUAAUGUUGGGCCAUGUAAUUUAAAAAAUUCACUAAAUGGGGAAUCCUAUAUUUCAAAAAAUUUGAUUUAUUUUAAAAAUGUAACUAAUUAUCGAAUAUUAGAAGCAGAACUUAUGGAUGUAGAAAAUGUAAAGGAAAAUCUAAAGUAUGUACAACAAGCUAAAAUGGAAGAAAAUGAAUUAAAUGUUGAGGGUAAUGCACAAAAAGAAAGUCCAGUAUCUCGUGUAAAAUCAAAAAGUGAAAUAUUAAUAGAAGAAAAAACAAAUUUAAAUGAAACUAGUACAUUUAUUACUGACGAAUUAAUAUCUAAAUAUUUAAACAUAUGUGAUAGUGUACAUAAUAAUACUUUCACUUAUAAUAAUGAUGAAUCUUUUAAUAAAAGUGAAGAUUGUACUUUACAUAAAAAUUUAGUAGAUGAAAAAAAUAAUUCAAAUUAUGAAAUAAUAGGACAUGGAAAAUUAAAAGAUGUAUCUAUUUAUGGUAUGAAUUAUGCAUUACGAAAUAUUUCAGCAAUUAAAGAAUGGAAUACCCAUAUAUCUUAUUUAAAUUAUUUAAAUUUAACAAAAGAAACGAUUGAAAAUAAAAUAAAAAAACAUGAACAAAUAGAUCCAAGUAAACAUACAUUAAAUGAUACAGAACUGUCAAAUAAUAAUAGUUAUCUCUAUUUAGUAAAUGGUUUACCAUGGCCAUUUAGAAGUCAUGAUAGUCCAUAUGAAUAUUAUCAAAAAUAUUUCCCCGAUAAAAAUAUGCUUUUAAUAGUUAAUAGAUCAAUCAAAAAUGCUUUUAAAGAUGUUUCAGGUUAUACUAGAAUUAGAAAUUAUGAAAAUUUUUUUUGUUUAUAUUCAAAAAAUAAUGAUAUGUAUACCCCAGGUUUAGAUUAUGUCUCAUCAAUUCUUUAUGAUGUAAGUAUUCCACCAUUUUUAAAAAAUAGUAUACUUAAUCAAUUAUUUCCAAAACUUAUCCUUGAUUUAAAUCAAUGUUCAAGAAAAUAUACUAAAAUUGGAUUAUCUUUAACGGAUGAAGAAAAGGCAACUUACUUAUUAUUACUACAAAGUAAAGGCCAUAAUAAAAAACUUAAAUCAGUAGAUAAUAAAAUUAAAAAUUCACUAAAUUCUGUAGAUGACACUGAAAAACCCAAUGUAUUAUGGAUAAUAUUUGUUAGUCCAAUAUAUAAGAUGAUUGAAAUAUGCUCAGGUCUUAUACAAAAAACAAUUAGUAUAUUUCAAUAG